AGGCUAUAAAACAGAAAGGGACGGGACUCAGAGGAGGCUGUUGGUGCUGAGGAAAGACAUUCGGUCCAGCUGAGUAUGUCCUGUUUUCGGAAGACCUCUGCCUGACUGAAACUCGGAUGAUUCAAAACAGGGGACUUUCGAACUAAUGCCAACGGACACUUGGAUGUAAGGUGGAAACUUACAUUUUUGUCAGGGUGUGUAAUUUGCCGCUUCAAGUUCGACAGUGGCCUCAUAAAGUUGCCUACUCGAUAUCGGAGGUUUGAGAGAAAUAGUUUGUGGAGAGACAGAAAGAGAGGGAGGUUUGGGAUGCUGGUUCCCCGCGCGCUGCGCUCCUUUCUGUGCGUACUGAGCUGCGCGUGGCUGCACGUCGGAGCGGCCUCGCGGCUCAAGUCUCCCGCUCUGCCCAUCCAGUCAGAGAGCGAACCGCUGCCCUCCAAAGGCGUGUCAGGAUGCUCAUUCGGAGGUCGAUUCUAUUCUCUGGAGGACACAUGGCACCCAGAUCUGGGGGAGCCCUUCGGUGUCAUGCACUGUGUCCAGUGCCACUGCGAGCCUCAAAAGAGCCGUCGUGGCAAGGUGUUUGGGAAAGUAAACUGUAAGAAUAUCAAACAGGACUGUCCGGACCUGGACUGUGAUGAUCCCGUCCUUCUGCCAGGGCAGUGCUGUAAAACCUGCUCUAAAGUUGAGGAUGACAAGAAACAGACAGACUCUUUGUUGGACAGCUUUGAGUAUUUCCAUGAGAAGGGCAAAGGGAAGGUGGAUGACCUCCACAAAUCUUACAACGACAGAUCCUACCUGAGCUCUGAGGAAGUGGGCCCCGGGGAGAGCCGCACUGACUUUGUAGCAGUGCUGACAGGAGUGACAGACUUAUGGCUGCCCAGCUCCAGUGGUGUUGCCAGAGCUCGCUUCUCUCUGACCAGAACUAGCCUGGCCUUCUCCAUCACAUACCAGAGAAUGGGCCGCCCCAGUAAAAUAAUCUUCCUGGAUUCAGAUGGGACCACUGCUUUUGAGUACAGAGUCCCCAAGGGACAGUCAGACAUGAUCUGUGGAGUAUGGAAGAACAUGGCUAAGCCGCUAAUGCGACAGCUGCAGUCUGAGCAGAUGCGCAUCAGCAUGACCACAUCGACGAGCAGACGGGAAGAAGUGGAGGGGAAGAUCAUCAAACACCGGGCGCUAUUUGCUGAGACAUUCAGUUCAACGCUGUCGUCGGAGGAGGAGAAUUCAGGCAUGGGAGGCAUUGCCAUGUUGACGCUGAGUGACACAGAGAACAACCUCCACUUCAUCCUCAUCCUCCAAGGCCUCAUCAAACACAAAGACAAAGAGCCCCUUUUGGUGCCCAUCCGAGUCCAACUUGUGUACCACCAACACAUCCUGAGAGAGAUCCGAGCCAACAUCACCUCUCACGACCCCGACUUUGCAGAGGUGCUGACAGACCUUAACAGCCGCGAACUGUUCUGGUUAUCUCGUGGUCAACUGGAGAUCGCUGUGGCGACAGAGGGUCAGGAUCCCCGACAAAUCUCUGGCUUCAUCACCGGCAGGAAAUCUUGUGACACUAUUCAGAGUGUGAUGUCCAGCGGUGAUGCAUUGACCCCAGGGAAGACAGGAGGCAUGGGAUCUGCUAUCUUCAACCUCCAUGAUAAUGGCACACUGGACUACCAGGUUCAGGUCGCAGGUCUCACCAGUGACUUUGUUGGCCUCACUAUUGAGUUGAAGCCGCGGCGGCGAAACAAGCGUUCUGUGCUGUAUGACCUGACUCCGGAGUACGACAAAGCCACAGGCCAGGCGCGGGGCAGCUGGAGUCGUCUGGAGGCUCGGCACAUCCACAUGCUGCUGCAGAACGAGUUGUUCAUCAAUGUGGCCACGGCACACAGCCAGGAGGGGGAGCUGAGGGGGCAGAUUAAGGCCCUGUUCUACAGUGGCCUGGAGGCACCCAGACAUGAUUUGCCCACUCCUCUGGCCGGCCACUUUGUGUCUCCACCAGUAAGAACUGGUGCCUCUGGCCACGCCUGGGUGUCAGUGGACAAACAAUGUCACCUGCAUUAUGAGAUUGUUGUUGCGGGCCUCAGCAAGGCCGAUGACCUAACGGUGAACGCCCACCUCCACGGACUGGCUGAGAUUGGAGAACUAGAUGACAGCAGCACCACUCACAAGAGGCUGCUGACUGGCUUCUACGGCUCACAGGCUCAGGGAGUGUUAAAGGACAUCAGUGUUGAAUUACUGCAACACCUGGACCAAGGAACAGCUUUCAUCCAGGUCAGCACCAAGAUGAACCCCCGAGGAGAAAUACGAGGACGGGUCCAUGUGCCAAACAACUGCGAGUUUGGGACCAUGGGGGAGGUGGAGGAGACUGAGUUUGACGACCUCUUUGUGAAGGACCCCGAAGAGCUAAAGAAAGACCCCCAUACCUGCUUCUUUGAGAACCAGCACCACGCUCAUGGCUCCCGCUGGACUCCCAGCUACGACAAGUGUUUCUCCUGCAGCUGCCAGAAGCGAACUGUGAUCUGUGAUCCAGUCAUCUGUCCGGUGUUGACCUGCUCCCGAACCAUUCAUCCUGAGGACAAGUGCUGCCCGAUCUGUGAUGAGAGGAAGGAGCCCAAGGACAUGAAAGCUCCAGAGAGGGUGGAUGAACAUCCUGAGGGUUGUUACUUUGAAGGAGACCAGAAGAUGCAUUCCCCAGGAACAACAUGGCAUCCCUUUGUACCUCCCUUUGGCUACAUUAAAUGUGCUGUCUGCACUUGCAAGGGAUCUUCAGGGGAAGUACACUGUGAGAAGGUGACGUGUCCGGUGUUAACCUGCAGUCAUCCCGUAAGACGUAAUCCCUCCGACUGCUGUAAGGAGUGUCCAGAGGAGGACAGGACUCCUGCAGGCCUGGAGCACAGCGACAUGAUGCAAGCUGAUGGCCCAAGGCACUGCAAAUUUGGCAAGAACUAUUACCAGAACAGUGACAACUGGCAUCCCUGGGUACCGCUGGUGGGGGAGAUGAAAUGCAUCAACUGCUGGUGUGAUCACGGUGUGACUAAGUGUCAGAGGAAGCAAUGUCCAGUACUGACCUGCUCCAACAUCACCCGCAAAGAGGGCUCAUGCUGUCCUGAAUGCCUUGAUUCCAAAGAGGAAGACGACUUGAUGAUGAAAGCUCCAGACAAAAGCCGAACCUGGAGACACUGACCUGUGGGGACCCACACAAACAACACCAAACCCUCCUCUACCCAUUUAACCCAUCCCCUCCCUGAUGGACCCAAACCCAGAGCUGCACACUGGGUCUUCCCACCUACCCUCCCUCCUCACCUCACACCCACCCUGUUAUCAGCUUCAGGAUUGUAAUGAACAGAGAAGAGCAGAGACGAAGGAAUAAUACAAUGAAAACAGAAAUUUUUCAAAGACUCGAUAAGUGAAGGGAUGAAGCUAUGAAGAAGACCAACCAGACUUUACAAACCUGCUGCCUUCCACUUCCUGCCUUCCAUUUUUGCUGGAAUUUCUUUUUUGCUCAGUUUUUCAAAACAGCUCAGUAGGACUAAAGGUAUUAUGUAGAAAUAUAACACAGCUGUUCGACGGGAUUCUUUUACUUUUGAUCCAGCUUUGUUUUGAGUGGCAAGCUUCGGUAAGAUUGGGCAAGUGACAGGGCUUCUUGUUGAAGUACAGCCAUAGCUACUGUAACUCUCACCGCUCUCACUGGAUAGAGAGGAAAGUGUUGCUUAAAUCUGUGUGAAUGCGUAUGUGUGUGAGUGUGGUUGUGUGUGUUUUUUUUACAAGUAAAGAAUACGACUAAUCGCAAUACAGAAAACACAGUAAACUUCCUGGGUGGCAAGACAGAGUUCAAAAACUGUAAAACACACAGUGAAAACCUGGAAAAAGUGUUGUUCCUCAUCUCCUGCCAGUCUGCAACUUUCAUUUGUUGUAAAAUUAUAUUUCCACUCAAUAUCCAUCGUGUGGGGGCGUCAGGAUCAGUGCUAUUUGAUUGGGAGAGAAGCUUGAAAUGGCUCGGCUGGUUGUUAUUUUAGCGUAAUACUUAAACAGACAUGAGCUUUGCCUUCACCUCCUGUUGAUCUCAUUGCUUCUCUGCUUUGGUUGUUCCUAUUUCUGUUUCAAAUUAAGUAAUAUUUUAUGAAUUUUUUUAUCAUUGUUUAUGAAGAUGAAGCUGGUUUCUAUUUUGUAUUUAUUGAAUGGUGUGGACACAAAAUAAAAAAGAUGUUUGUUGGUAAGAGAAUGCCUGUGGGUUUGUUUUGGACGCUGACUCUAACCAGCUUCCCCUAAUAAUCCCUCCCUUGUUCCCUUUUUGCAUUUAUAUCUUCAUUUUUCAUCUUGAGUCCUUGGGAUUUUACUUUUCCACUUUGUUGCCUUCUUUCGCUUUCCUUCCCUUUGUGUUUCUUUUUCCUCACAGUUUUUCACAUAUGGAGCUGUGAUUACGCAGGGAUGACAAGAUUGCCAGAUUGACCCGACUUAAUCCUUCACUUUUUUCUCUUUCUCUCGUUCUAUCUUUGCCUCUUUACACUCUAUUGAUUCCCUUGAUCGUCUUCAGCAUUUUUUUCCUUUUCCUUUUUCCAUUUGUCAUUUUCUCCUGUUACUUUCUUUCUGUCCUUGUUAUAUCGUUUCUCCUCUGAACUCCUGACUUUCUUGUCGUGUCAUUUACUGUUGUCUUUUCCCUAUUUCAUCUCUUUUUACACCAUAUUUCCUUUUCUUUCCUUUCUUUCCUUUCCUUUCCUCACUUGCUUUCCUUCUCCGACAGUCACCACAUGUGCUCAGCAAAGUUUUGUCCCUUACAUACCUCCCCAUGUACACACACACACAGAGUGCAGACAGACUGAAACAUAAACACAUAUUCACAGAUGUACACAUGUACAAACUCCUGAAUCAGGAACACACACAUUGCCAAAGGGCAAUCAGAAUUCUUUCGAAUACACACACAGAUACACACACAUCUGCUACUGCAUUCUGCUGGCCAAAACACAUUAUUACACCAAAGGUACCUCUAAAAACUAGCUGGCUGACAGUGCUUCUGAUGGCACCUGUUGACCUCCUGGAGGCACAGAGCAGUGUGUGUGUGUGUGUGUGUAAGUGUGAGUGUGUACGCACUAAAGCCA